UCUUUGUGAUAGGUUCUAUGUUGUCCAUACAAACUAUUCUUAGUAGUUUGGCCAGCAUACCAUUCUAUGCAGUACAAGUCUUUCUUCGUGUUCUUUAGCUGUGCAUGUAUGAUAUAUAGUUCAACUCAAGCGCUCAAUUUAGAAGUUUUUUUUAUUAGUUUCGCUCUCUGAUAGAUUGAGUGCCAGAAAAACAUAAACAGAAGAAUUCGCAAUCAGAAAACAUGGCGCUUUUUGAUGCUAUAAUUUGGCUUGCACUAUUUUUUGUCAUCUGGGCAAGCACUUAUUUCCUCGUAUCCGAAUUAAGGUCCAGGAGAAUAGCCAGGCUUCCUCCGGGCCCUUAUCCAAUUCCAAUCAUUGGUAACAUCCUAAACGUUGGUCAGAAACCUCAUGAAUCAUUUGCCAAACUCUCCAAAAUUUAUGGUCCUCUAAUGUCUCUUAAGCUGGGGAGCAAAAGAACGGUAGUUGUGUCAUCUCCAACAAUUGCCAGCGAAGUACUACAAAAAUAUGACCAACUUUUCUCCGGCCGUGCAGUGGCAAAUGCAGUCCAGGCACUUGAUCACGAUAAAGCCUCGAUAGUCUUUCUGCCAGCUUCGAGCCAGUGGCGUAAUCUCCGAAAGAUAUGCAAAGAGCAACUGUUUUCGUUGCAAAAACUUGAUGCUAGUCAAGGCUCUCGUCGGGAGAAGCUGCAAGAAUUAUGCGACUAUUUGCAGAGGUGUAGCGUUAGCAGGAAAAUUGUUAAUGUUAGUGAUGCAGCCUUCACAACAUCUCUGAACUUAAUAUCAAGAUCUCUAUUUUCAGUCGAUUUUGCUAACUAUGAUUCUAAUUCAUCUCAAGAACUCAAGGGGAUUGUGUGGGGUAUAAUGAAAAAUGUCGGGGCCCCUAAUCUUGCGGAUUACUUUCCUGUCCUACAAAUGAUUGAUCCCCAAGGCAUCAGGCGUCGCAUCACGUUCUAUAUGCAAAGGCUAUUUGCCAUUUUUGAUGACGUUAUUGAUGAACGGCUGCAAGUUAGAGGGACAUCAGAGACUAAGAAAAAUGAUCUGUUGGAAGGUCUCUUGGAUCAUAGUAUAAAGAACGAGUCUGAGUUCUGCCGCAAUGAUCUGAAACAUUUGCUUCUGGAUUUAUUUCUUGCAGGGACAGAAACAGCAUCAGUCACUGUGGAGUGGGCAAUGGCAGAGUUAUUACGCAGUCCUGACAAGAUCGCAAACAUUAGAGCAGAGCUCAAGGAAGUCAUUGGAAAGAAGGAAGGAGUCCAAGAAUCAGAUAUCUCGAGACUCCCUUACUUGCAAGCAGUGAUCAAAGAAACCUUUCGACUUCACCCUCCAGCGCCAUUACUUAUUCCUCACAAAGCUGAUGAAGAUGUAGAAAUCAAUGGUUUCAUAGUGCCAAAAAACACAGAGGUGCUUGUCAACGUGUGGGCUUCGGGUAGAGAUCCGACAAUGUGGUCAAAUCCUGAGAAUUUUGAGCCUGAACGAUUUUUAGGCAGUGACAUUAUUGAUGUGAGAGGCCAGCAUUUCGAGCUCAUUCCCUUUGGCGCUGGGAGGAGAAUAUGUCCAGGAUUGCCUCUAGGUUAUCGGAUGGUACACUUGAUGCUAGCUUCUUUCAUUUACAACAUUGACUGGAAACUGGAAGAUGGAAUGAAACCAGAAGAUUUAGACAUGGAAGAAAAAUUUGGGUUGACAGUUCAGAGGGCUUGGCCUCUAAAGGCUAUUCCUGUUAAGCUGUGACUCCAAUAUAUAGCAAUUUGAAGGCUUAAUCAUUUCAGAUGAGUAGAGAAAGCACUCCUUGUGAAUUUUGAUGCAAUUGAGAUGUUUGACUUCGUUUUGCAUAAAUUAUGUUGUACGUUACGAUUUACUAUAAAUUAUGAACUCUUACAUAAUCAGUGACAAAUUUUACACAUAGUGCAAUUCA